UGGGUGUGGGAAGCGGUUGAUUUGCGGUGGCCGGACGCCCAUCAAGAGCCCGGUGUGUACUUGCGCUUUCUUGGAAGCGCUGCCACUGCGGGGAAGCAGUCUUUGAAAACCGUGCCAGUUUCAACAUGGCGGGCUAAGGUGGCUUUUCAAAAACUGAAAAUAAAGGUUUUGAGAUGGGAAAAAACCUAACUGGAGUUACUAGCCCUUAAUUUCAACUCUCGUUGGCUACCCCAGCCGUCGCUACAGCUAAUUAAGUGGUAAAACAGGGAGGAAAUGAGCUGUCCUAGUUUUUUCCCUGGUUUAGAGUCCAGUCAAGUCCAUUGCUAGAGGAAUAAGGGACGGAGGGCUGUCACGGGCCAGGCUGGACAACGGCACCCCUGCCCCAGUGUACACGCGCAUGUGCGCAGUUCUGGGGGUGUGGUGUGUGUGUUUGUGUGGCUCUCAAAGAGGGCCACCCCGAAUGUGUGCGCCGAUGUUCUAACCAGACCCUGCUAUCAUUUGACGUGACUAACUGCUGACACGCGGUGCACUGCACUGGAGGCAGAGGGAAUGAUUUAUUUUGGCUUUCUAGGAGACAAACUAGCGCUCUCCCACCGUGCUGGAUCCAGUGCAGAUAAAGCUGCGGGGAGGCGGAGCGAGGAGGUGCUUAUUAAAAGAACUAACUGUCCAGGGUAUCGGGUGCAAUCCGGCUGCAGGCGCCAGAGGGAUUUUAUGUGUGCAGGGGGCGCGCUGCCCUUACUGCUGAGCUGCUAAGCUUCGUGCUGCCUCGGGUAAUUCUUCCUUGCAGGAUGAAUUAAGACAAGAAGACUCUUAUUCAUCAGGAAUGGAGAGCAGUUUGUCAGUUUCCAAUAUGCAAGACUCUGCAUCCUCUGCCUUGGAAAAGCAUUUGGGCCCAGCUAAUGGAGAUGGAGAUCUUGACUCAGCAGAAGAAGGUUCAAGCUUGGAGGAAACUGGCUUUAACUGGGGAGAAUAUUUGGAAGAGACGGGUGCCAGUGCAGCUCCUCACACAUCAUUCAAACAUGUUGAAAUCAGUCUGCAGAGCAACUUCCAGCCGGGAAUGAAAUUGGAAGUGGCCAAUAAGAACAACCCGGACACGUACUGGGUGGCCACGAUCAUCACCACAUGUGGCCAGCUGCUGCUUCUGCGCUACUGCGGUUAUGGCGAGGACCGCAGGGCUGACUUCUGGUGUGACGUGGUCAUAGCAGAUCUGCACCCCGUGGGGUGGUGCACACAGAACAACAAGGUGUUGAUGCCCCCGGACGCCAUCAAAGAGAAGUACACAGACUGGACGGAAUUUCUCAUCCGUGAUUUGACUGGUUCACGGACAGCACCUGCCAACCUGCUGGAAGGACCUCUGCGAGGGAAAGGCCCUAUAGACCUCAUUACAGUUGAUUCCUUAAUAGAACUUCAGGAUUCUCAGAACCCUUUUCAGUACUGGAUAGUUAGUGUGAUUGAAAAUGUUGGAGGAAGAUUACGCCUUCGCUAUGUGGGAUUGGAGGACACUGAAUCCUAUGACCAGUGGUUGUUUUACUUGGAUUACAGACUUCGACCAGUUGGUUGGUGUCAAGAGAAUAAAUACAGAAUGGACCCACCUUCAGAAAUCUAUCCUUUGAAGAUGACCUCUGAAUGGAAAUGUGCUCUGGAAAAAUCCCUUAUUGAUGCGGCAAAGUUUCCCCUUCCAAUGGAAGUGUUUAAGGAUCAUGCAGAUCUGAGAAGCCAUUUCUUCACAGUUGGAAUGAAGCUAGAAACUGUGAAUAUAAGUGAGCCCUUUCAUAUCUGUCCUGCAUCAGUGACCAAGGUUUUUAACAAUCAUUUUUUUCAAGUAACUAUUGAUGAUCUAAGACCAGAACCUAGUAAGCUCUCAAUGUUGUGCCAUGCGGAUUCUUUGGGGAUUUUGCCAGUACAAUGGUGCCUUAAAAAUGGAGUCAACCUCACUCCUCCCAAAGGUUUCUCUGGCCAGGACUUUGACUGGGCAGAUUAUCACAAGCAGCUUGGGGCAGAAGAAGCCCCUCCCUUCUGCUUCAGAAAUACAUCAUUCAGUCGGGGAUUUACAAAGAACAUGAAACUGGAAGCUGUGAAUCCCAGGAAUCCAGGAGAGCUCUGUGUGGCUUCCGUGGUCAGUGUCAAGGGCAGGUUGAUGUGGCUUCACCUGGAAGGUCUGCAGACUCCUGUUCCAGAGGUCAUUGUUGAUGUAGACUCCAUGGACAUCUUCCCAGUGGGCUGGUGUGAAGCAAAUGCUUACCCCUUGACUACACCACAUAAGACAGUCUCACAAAAGAAGAGAAAGAUUGCCGUUGUCCAACCAGAAAAACAAUUACCAUCCGCAGUGCCUGUUGAGAAAAUACCUCAUGACCUGUGUUUAUUCCCUCACCUGGACACUACAGGAACCGUGAAUGGGAAGUACUGCUGUCCUCAGCUGUUCAUCAACCACAGGUGUUUCUCAGGCCCUUACCUGAACAAAGGAAGGAUCGCAGAGCUACCUCAGUCUGUGGGACCGGGCAAAUGUGUGCUGGUUCUUAAAGAGGUUCUUAGCAUGAUCAUCAAUGCAGCCUAUAAGCCUGGAAGGGUAUUAAGAGAAUUACAGCUGGUGGAAGAUCCACAUUGGAAUUUCCAGGAGGAGACGCUGAAGGCAAAGUAUAGAGGCAAAACAUACAGGGCCGUGGUGAAGAUUGUACGAACAUCUGACCAAGUAGCCAAUUUUUGCCGACGAGUUUGUGCCAAGCUAGAGUGCUGUCCAAACUUAUUUAGUCCUGUGCUGGUUUCUGAAAACUGCCCUGAGAAUUGCUCCAUCCAUACCAAAACAAAAUACACCUACUAUUAUGGAAAGAGAAAGAAGAUCAUUAAGCCCCCAAUUGGGGAAAGCACUAUUGAGAGCAGCCACCCUAAACCAGCCAGACGAAGGAAGCGCCGAAAAUCCAUUUUUGUGCAGAAGAAACGGAGAUCUUCCGCCAUGGACUAUACAGCAGGCUCAGGAGAGGAGAGUGAAGAAGAGGAUGCAGAUGCCAUGGACGAUGACACUGCCAGUGAGGAGACCGGCUCCGAGCUCCGAGAUGACCAGACAGACACCUCAUCUGCAGAGGUGCCCUCGACCCGACCCCGCAGGGCCAUUACGCUGCGGAGCAGCUCGGAGCCUGUGCGCCGGCUCCCGGUGGAAAGGGCACGAAGGAGCCGCCAGGGCCCAGCCUCCUCCUCAGCGGAGGAAGGGGAGAAGGGGCUUCCUGCCAAGCCAGAAGGGGCAGAGGAAGCGAAACAAGAGGAGGAAGAGAGACUUGUUCUGGAGAGCAACCCAUUAGAAUGGACAGUCACAGAUGUGGUGAGGUUCAUCAAGCUGACAGACUGUGCACCCUUGGCCAAGAUAUUUCAGGAACAGGACAUCGAUGGCCAGGCGCUCCUGCUGCUGACUCUCCCAACGGUGCAGGAGUGCAUGGAACUGAAGUUGGGACCCGCUAUCAAACUGUGCCAUCAAAUCGAGAGAGUUAAAGUAGCUUUCUACGCGCAAUAUGCCAACUGACUCUCUGUCUAGGGAGGUGGCCCAUGACCUGUGUAUGGCAGUGUUUGUGAAGGUUUUCAGGACUGAAACUCCCACCACCACCACCACCACCCCUCCUAGCCGCCCAGGAGCUGUGAAAUGCCGCUUAGAUAAAUAUCACCAAAAGCCAGGACUUCCUUCAUCCACCAGCUUAUAGAAUAUGUUCAUGUUUUUAAAGCACACCGGAGUCUCACCGCAGAAGCUUCUGGAGCAUGUGAAUUUGGAUUCUGAGUUGGACUCAGUAGUGAUAUGGGGAGCUUCAUUGUAUAGCUAUAUCUUUGCCUUUAUCCACCCCAAGUCAGGCAGCUUUCUUUACAAGGUUUCCUAAACUGAGCCCCACAUUCUUUGAAAACCAAGGGGGCUGCAGGUCACAGCUUUUCUAUUAUGACCAAGGAUACCUUGCUGGUAGUUUUUGCUAUCAUCAUUCUCAGGCACAUUUAUAGGUACACCUUUCUUAUCAGCACGCGUGUGACUGUAGGUUUGCGCUACAUGCUGUCACUGCAACUUGAUCUUGUGGCGGCAGCUCCUUUCUUAAACACAACCCGGUGGUGUUUCAGGCUGUCAUGGUCCAAAGACAUGCCAAAUCUUCAUCGUCUGUCAGAGGUGCCUUUCCAGAAGGCUGGGCAGUGAAGGAAGGUUGCUUUUCAUUGCCAUCACGUGAUUUGCGUGUUGGGAGCCUAGUACCUGUGGAGAGACAAUGCUAUUCACAGUCUUACCUGCAAGCCUGGAUGUUUCAACUUUCUAAAUUAAUUGCUGCAGCAAGUGACUCUUUGAGAGACAUGUUCAAUUACACAUGGAAGGGAAAGUUUCAUUUCAGAGCACAAGAAUGGGAAGAGAUUUGGGAACAAGUGGAUCAUCAUA